UUAAAUGACAACAUGAGUGCUCAGGCAUACUAUGAGUUGUAUCGCGGGAGCAGUCUCGGUCUCUCCCUUACCGAUACGCUCGAUGACUUGAUCAACGAAGGCCGGAUUGAGCCCCAGCUCGCCAUGAAGAUUCUCUCCACGUUUGAUCGUGUUAUUACAGAAGUGCUCGCGGAUAAAGUGCGCGCAAGGCUUACGUUCAAGGGUCACCUGGAUACCUAUCGAUUCUGCGACGAAGUGUGGACCUUCCUUAUCAAAGACGUUACUUUCAAGUUGGACAACCAGACGACAGUGACAGCAGACAAGGUGAAGAUUGUGAGCUGCAAUAGCAAGCGCCCUGGAGAGGCGUAA